AUGAAGAAGCCUUCGGUGACUUCUUUGCUCAUCACUCUCCUCUUAUCUGCAGCUAUCUGCGCCCACGGCACUACAAACUCCAACGGAGAUCCAGUUAAGGUCGGGGAAAAAUACUUCAUGCAGCCAGUUAAGACAGAGAAUAACAAUGGAGGUGGUCUUGUUCCAGCCCCCACAAACAUACUUCCGUUUUGUCCACUUGGCAUCACCCAGACACUUCUUCCCUACCAACCAGGCUUGCCCGUUACCUUCCGAUAUACAGAAAACAUCGACAGAGACUACAUUACCACAAACACACCUAUAAACAUCGAGUUCAGGUCUGACAUCUGGCCAGUCUGCAACGAGUUCUCUAAGUUAUGGGCAGUGGAUGACUCCUCAUCUGCUAUUAUCAUCGGUGGUAAAGAGAAGAGCCCAAAAAGCGAGUUUAAGAUACAAAAUGUUACUGUAGAAGAACACACUUAUAAGUUGACUACCUCAUACGGAACCGUUGGAACCAUCCCAGGGGCUUGGGGGGGUGCACCACAGCUACUUGUCACUAAUGAUGAGUCUAAGACUUUAGUCGUCAAGUUCGUGAAGGUUGAUGAUGAUGCUACUAAGUCUAAGGCUACUACUACUACUACUACUUCUCUUGUUGAAAAGUUAGGUCUAUGGAUGUUCCCAUUCUACUAG